UUCACCAUCACUAGUACUGACAAUACACGGGGGACUGUAUCCUUAAUCCUCGUGCUAUGGCUCAGAAACGAAAAAGACGCGCAUCCCCGUUGUCGAAAGGAUUGGCUGUAGGCGAGGUGUUGAAACGCGAUCAUUUGGCCGGAAACGCCACUUCACCAUGGGGCUGGGUUGGAAUAGAAGUGGAUGAUCCUUCACAAAUAAUGCAGGAUCACCUUCUGACAGUAUAUGGACUCUCUUCAAGGAAUAGACAUUCCCGGUGUCCCAAUAAAUAUGUCCCAGGGAAGAAGUGUAAGUCGACACCGAAAGAAUCCGUCGCAAGAGGGGAAAACGAAGAAGACGUUAUCAUCAUAUCCGAUAACGAGGAAUCUCAGUGUAGCAAGAAGGACUGCAAAGGUAACCCUUUUUGUUUGAACUAUCUUGGACAAGAGAAAUGGGACGACGAAGACAAAGCAAGGAACAUGUGGAGAGCUUCUGCCAAUCUUGGUCCUGAUCCUCACGUCUCAACAAGGAAAAGUGGAACACCUGUCGGACUCAAGAACCUGGGUGCUACCUGCUAUGCGAAUGCUUCACUUCAGGUGUGGUUUCGGGAUGUCAAUUUUCGAGCCGGGGUCUUCAGCUGUCGCUCUACUGAAGAUUCAGAGGACAAGUUCAUGGAAUCUCCCAUUUUUCAAUUGCAAGUCACAUUUACUGCGCUGCAAGAAAGCAUUCAGAAGGCCUUCAAUCCUACCAAGCUCGUAGAAAGCCUUCAACUUCGGACUUCCGAACAGCAAGAUGCUCAAGAAUUCUCAAAGCUUUUCAUGUCCCACCUCGAUGCUGAGUUCAAGAAACAAUCAGAUGUGCGAGUUAGGUCUUUGGUGACUGAUCAAUUCCAAGGCGAGCAAAUUUAUGGAACUGCUUGUUCCAACUGCCAGUAUAAGUCUGAAACGACGUCUAACUUCUUGGAACUCGAAAUAAAUUUCCAGAAUAAAUCAAAGCUCGGAGAUUGUAUUCGUUCGCUCCUGCAACCAGAGUCCCUUACAGGCGAAAAUAAAUAUUUGUGUUCGCAGUGUGAAAGUUUGCAAGAUGCUGCGCGUUAUACAGAACUUCGAAAAUUACCACCUGUCCUACACUUCUCGCUUCUCCGCUUUGUUUUCAAUAUGGCAAAUAUGGAACGAAGGAAGUCAAAAAACAUCAUAUCUUUUCCACGAGAACUAGACAUGAGUCCAUUCGUAACUACGGAUGGAACUUCGUCAUCUCCUUCGAAUGUAUACGAACUACGAGGAAUUUUACUUCACAAAGGGCCCAGUGCUUACCAUGGCCAUUAUGAAGCCCAAGUCUAUGAUUCCCAAUCGCGAUCUUGGUUUCAGUUUAACGAUGAAGUGGUCACACGGAUAGACCGCCUCGGUGAUUUGAAGAAUUCUAACCCCUACGAGAACAAACAAAACACUGCCAAGCGGAGCAAUCAAGUAAGCAACUCUCGGAAAAGACAGAGAGUAGAUGAUAGCGACGAGGAGAUAUCAGAGGUUCCACUCGCAGAAGUUUCGCCAUCAACGAGCUUUAUAUCGUCUAAGGAUGCAUACAUGCUCAUUUAUGUAAGGAAGACCUUGACUCCGUCGGGCGAGCUCGAGAAACCCAUUCCGCCGCAACGAGCUUUGGCACUGAUAGAAGACAUAAAUAAUACUCACCGUGUCCAAUGUGAGGAGUACAAGCAGAGAGAAGUGAGUUCGCUAGAAGCAUUUGAAACCCUGCGUCGUCAGGUCAUGGAAAUAUACAGAACAUGGGAAUUGACAUCUGGAGAUGAGUUCCUGAGGAUCGUUAACCGGAAAGCACUUGAAUCUUGGCUUUCCAAUGAGAGCACUACCAACCCAAACCCGGCCCAACAGGAAAUACUAUGUGAACAUGGUAGACUUGACUAUAGGAAGGCGAAAGAGCUGAAAUGCAUCAAGCAAAACACAUACGAUCAGCUGAAAUCCUUUGGAGGAUUCGAGCCCAUUUAUACGGCCGAAGAUAUCUGCGAAAGUUGUAUCGAAGCAGGAUUCAAAGAACGCCUGUAUCAAAUCGAACAUCCCCGAAUGGUGGGCCGUUUCACUGAGCUUGACCGUGGACCAGAUGGCCCGGGCUACUGGAUAUCCAAGGCAUGGAUCAGAGACUGGGCACUUCUGAAGCCCAAGAUGCACGCUCCCACUGAAGACGAUCCGCCGCCAGACGGACCUGGAUACGAGCACGUCCUCUGUGAGCAUGGGAAUUUAUCCCUCAAUGCUAGCGAUAGACGUCGUAUUUCCGUGCAGGCUUGCGAAGUCUUGACUACAUUGUUUCCGCAAUGGAAGCCAAUUUCUGUUGAUGAAGAGCCCUGCCCCGUGUGUGAUGCUCUCCUUUAUGAGCGCAAAACUAAUAGCCUUGGGCAUCGUAAGCGCGCGGAGGAAGAAAAGGCAAAGCUUAAACGCAUGUUCGAUUACGCGGGGAUAACCGAGACUAAUAAUUUGUUCCACGAAAACGAGACGCUGGCAAUCAUUCCAUCGUCCUUCCUACAUAGAUGGCGACUAUGGCUAACCAGACCUACGGAAUAUGAGCGACCUGAAUCUCUGGACAAUACAGUUUUCCUCUGCGAACAUGACAUGUUGACUUUCGAUCCAGAAACUUACGAGAUUGAGAACGAUGUUGCUGCUAUUCUGUACACUGAAUGGCAAACUCUGAAACAGAUAUACACCGCCGGACCUUUGAUUUCUCUUGAACGUAAAAAAGGACAGGAGAGGGCUAUAGAAUGUACGAUUACUGUAUGUGAUCCUUGCCGCAAGCGAAGGACAUUUGAAUGGGAGUCCACGGAUCUCAUUAUUCGAAUGGGUGGCGCGGGUCACGGUGACAACACCGCGGGUCCCUCAAAGGCAAAGAAACCAACAAAUAUCACAUAUGGAUCCCGACAAUCCCGAAGACUACGUCGAAUCCGCGAACAAGGGGAGUGUCGAAGAAUCAGUGUCACGAAGGAAACCACAAUAAAAGAUAUAAAAAUCACUCUCCAAAAAUUGCUAGACAUACCUACCAUCUGUCAGCGAUUAUUUUACAAGUCACAGGAACUGGACGAUGGAAGCGUCUCUAUUGGCUCUCUGGGCGUACUUGCUAACGAUAUAUUCGAUUUUCAAGAGCAGAACGAGGUUCACGAGAUAACCGAUGGGGAGAGUGACGGUGAGAGCGGCUCAAAAAGGGACGAGGGGAGAGGCUUUGGCGGGACCGUCCUUCUAGGGGCUACCGAUGUUUCGAUCUCUACGAAUACAGUAUCGAAUGGGAAGGAUGCAGGGACAGAUAACACGGCGGAGGUUGCAGAUUCUUCAGAGAGGUCAUGUUCAACGUGCACGUUCAUAAAUCCGCCGAACGCUUUAAUGUGUGACAUGUGUGGUAGUAGUGCGUUCGAUUGAAGUGCCGAACCAAACUAAUUCUAGCUACCUCUUGGAAAUUCAGUUACUUCUCGUCCCUGUGGGCCGUUCAGCCGAGUGCUGAUAAGGGACGUAACUUGACAGGAGUCUUCACAAUGAGCAAGUGGAUGGUUCGCAGACUUGUUUGUACUAUGUACGUGCGGUAGUAGUACACUAAUUGGGUAAGGGAUACAUGUGGAUAUGAAAGAAGAGAUUGGAAAAGGAAAUGUACAGUAUAGACGUGACGCCGCUCUCCUUGUUUCACCACCAAAAAAGUGAAGUAGAAAACGUUCGAAAACCAAAACAAGAACGUUGAAAACACGAUGAGCAAGAGAGAAGGAAGGGGACUCUCUGAAAGAUACGAUCAGACUCUAAGUCAAGUAUAUGCUGGAGUAUCAUAGUUCAACAAAAAUCGUAAUAUAAAUGUAUGUGGUUUGUUUUAACACAAAAGUCCCCAAGAGUAACCAUGGACCCAGAAAAUGCAGAACAAAAAACGUGAAACCCAAAGAAGACACAAAAAUAAUAUAUUGCGUAAUUCCCAGACCAAAGAAAACGGAAGCGAGAAAUUGGGGAAUUAACUUCGUCAGUUCACACAUAGCUCGAGACCGGAUAUGCCGGCGGAUACGGAUUCGGUACAGCCAUUGUUCCUGUUGAAGGCAUAUUCACCUGUCCAGAUUG